AUCGAUGAUCACCGGUCUCAAAUCAAGCCCGUGUUCCAUAUGUAGAGAAUGGCUAUAAAUGGAAGACUAUAAAAGAUCUAGGCUGCAUUCCAGUACUGCUUUUAACAUCUUUCCUUGUCUGGUUGCCCUCCUUUUCUUUCUCCAUUGGCAGUUGUCCAUCUUGAGGGCUGUUAUGUUACUUCUUUGAAUUGAAGAGUGUUAGAUGAUUAUUUCUGCCAUAAGUAGUGAUUUUUUUUUUUUUGUCAAGCAGUCAUCUUUAUUAGGGCCUCAGUAGCACAGCUUACCCAGAAGGGUUUACUGUACAUGCGUAUAAGGCUGAUUAUGAACAAAACUUUUUUCCCCUUCCCCUCAUUUUUUCCCCCUUCUGACAUUUGUACAUGACAUGCUAACGGAACUGUGCUACUCAAUACUGCUGGCAAGAUUCUUAGAGCUAGCAAGCUAGCAAUCCAAUCUAGCACCGUACAUACGUAGUCAAGCAAAGAAAACAACUAUACAACUAUAACUAUACUAUACUAUACCAUACCGGCGGCAUGGUAAGCUCAGAUACUGUCUGUCUGGAGUUUAACUCUCAGUGUCUGCAUGGGUUUCCCCAGGGUUCUCCAGUUUCCUCCCACCUUCCAAAAACAUGUCAGUAGGAGGACUGGCUAUGCUAAAUAACGCCAGUGUGAGAAGGAGUGUGCAAAUGUGUGUGCAUGGACAUCCCAUCCACGGACUAUUCCUUCCUCAGUCUCAGCGUUCCUGGGAUAAGCUCCGGAUCCAUAACCAUAACCCUGACCAGGAAAAGGCAAUUACUGAAUCAGUGAAUAAAAAAUUGGAUACCCAAACCCACUACUUAGCACACAAGUGAAUGAGCAAGCCCAUUUGUUUUUCUAAGUCUGUUAGGACAUCACAUCAGCUGUUGAACGGUACUGCUCCUUGUGCUGGUGCUGCAAGUGCACACUGGUGUUAGGUAGACUGAAUGCAAUUCAGCAAGCUCUUGUCUCUCCAGGAUGGGUGAGUUAGUGUUAACUUGGUAAUGUUGCUCGUGUUUAGACAGGAAGUGAGUGAUGUGACAACACACCACCUACGCACCAUUCGGUGACUCAGAGAGAAAAUGUGGUUUGUUCACUCUCCUGUAGUGUGCAAUUCUUGGCGGUGUUGUGUUCAGUAGCUCCAGGCCAUCUCGUUAGAUCAUCUCUUCAUCUCACUGCUGAUCUGUGUACACAUUUGGAUGAAAACGGAACCCAUCCUAUGCUCAGGGCUCAUCUUGAUUGCAGAAAGCGCUGUGAUGCGAUUCUUGCUCUGCGUAUGACUGGACGCCAGCAGCUGUGUUUCAUUUUGCUGAGUUCUACAAGAGGGUUUCGUUAUCAAAGAGGGUACCUAGUAGAACCUGUGUAGGAGCCUAAGAACCCUCCAAAGAACUCUUACAAAUCGUCUUAAAGUGCAACCUGCAGAGUCACAGCACCUGAAAAGGCCAAAUAUGGAAUAGGCCAAAUAAAGAGUCCUCAUUGAUGCUGUCUUGAAAAAGCAGGACACUAUGCUCAGAGCAGUGCAGGACAUUGCAGCAAUGAGUGACAUGAGUAAGUUUACAGCAAAUAUGCCAAUCACUGCAAAAUGUGAAAAGGUGUAAAUAAAGCUUGCUAAAUGGAUGGAAUUAAAUGGAUGGCUGUAUUUCUCCUGUUUAUGCCAGAAACCUCUGCUUUACAGACCUCCAUGAUGAGACACUGACGUACAGUUAGGGCUGGAGGAGGAAUGUGCUCUGAUGUAUUCGGGAUGAGCCGGAUGAUGGCAAGCAGCACACAAGGGAGUAUACCUCUCAUUGUAGGCUGAGAUAUACCAGAUCUGUCACUUAUCUCUCUUUGAAAUGUGCCAGUAGCAAGAAAUCAAAGCAUAGACAAAAUUUGGACAUGCACAGGAAUGGCACAGGAUCUUUUUGUCAGCUGAAUUAGUGCUGGCUCUAAAGUGUUGCGCAGCAGUAAAAGACGAUGCCAUGGCAAACGAAACCGAUUUAUAAGCCAGCCUCGGCUUACGUCUACCAUUUGCCCAGACCAGCCCAUUCUCCAUUUAUACAGAGGUAUUUUUUCUAGCCUAGUCUAGACUAGUCUUAUUUGUCUUAAAAUGGAUUUGGGUUGACUUGCUGUCUUUAUUAUUUAUAUUUAAUAUAUCUUUAAUGCAAUUAAUAUGAAACGACAGGUUUAAAAAAAUAUUAAACUUGUGCGUGUAAUGGAAAUAGAUAAGCGUAAUCCGUAUAUUAACAUAUGAACAAUUGAGGUUUACGUCAUUCUUCUUAUACAUAUAUUUACACACACUCAGGAGCACAAGUAGAAUAUGAACGUUUUCUGAAUUUACAAAUUUUCAUGAACACCAAAUGUCUUGGGUAAAUUAUCAUACAAACGAUUUACAACUCAAUCCAUUCAUAUCCAGCUUGAUUAAACGAGGCCCAUUGUUUUGUUCCAUGUGUUCACCAUUUAGUGGUAGCCUGGUGUGAUUUGUAUCCCCCUUCUGGUUUUCCACCCUCUAGCCUUUGAUAAGGUGGUUAAAAAAUGUGAAUUAAAAAUUCAGUUGGUCAUUAGAAGUGGGAAUAAAUAAUUCUCCAUAAUUUUAUUGUCAUUUUUAUUACAUCUGUGUCAUUAUUUAAGCAAGCAUUUUGGUCUGGCUGAUUUAUUGCUUGGCUUGGGUAAUUUUUGUUACUUUUGCCUCAAUCCAGGAGGUUGAGACAUAGUUGCAGCUAACCUCCAAAUAGGCAUCCAAAUCAAGAAUGAGAAACAAAAACACAAAAUCUAUAUUUGCAACUCACUUGGCAAUAUGCUGAACCAUGAAGAUGGGCAGUGAUUCAUGCACACUCAGAAAACGAUGAUGGUGGUCCAUUCCAGCUGUAAUGGGAUGAUGGACAAUUUGCACCCCCACACUGUCCUUUCUCGGCUCAGUGAACAACGCUCACUUGGCCUGUUCUGUGAUGUUACCAUUGUUGUGGAGGACAUCAAAUUCCGUGCUCACAGAAAUGUCUUGGCUGCAACUAGUGGAUAUUUCCACAAUGCUUUCGCAGCCUCUGAGACUUGCGGUUCCAGCCAGGUGCUGGAAAUUCCAGAUCUGAAGUCAGAGGUGUUUGCCAUCAUCCUUAAUUUCAUUUACUCCUCCAAAGUGGAUUUAGCAAGUAAAGGGGACAACAAGUCCUUAAUAGCUGCAGGGAAAAAGUUAGGGAUCCCCUUUCUGGAGAAGCUUCUUGAGACUGAAAGACAAGACUCUGGAAUGGCACAAAGCCAAGCUUUUUCUAAAUCAGAAAGUUCAACCAAUCAGACAAAACUGUCUGUUUGCAGCACUUUGAAGAAAGAGGCACCACGGCUUGAGGAGCAAGAGUGCUCCAAAGGUCCACGAAUAACUAAUGCUUUCUCCAUCACAGAAGUGCCAGAAGUUAACAACCCAUUUACUUCAGUGGACUCACAUAGUAAUGGCCACCAAUCACCAGACAUGGCUCAAAAACCACUAUCAGGAACACCAUCUGUCGAAAGUGAUUCUGUUGACGCCAUGUUUGAGCACUCGUAUGCUGUAAGCCAAGGCCAUCAAACUUCUGAGGUAAAAGAGAAGGUGCAACAAUAUGAUAAAGAGGUCAUAAAGCCUGUAGUGCUACCUUGCAAGACUCUAACCAAUCAUAGGCUUGGUCCCAUUAAAAAGCGCCAUCGACUUUGUAAAGUUUUGGCACCCAUAUCCAAUGAAACUAGUGAAUUUGUUCAGAGUCCUGUUAGCAGUUCUGUUGUACAAAAUGGUCCCCCUGACUCCACAUCUAUGCUGCAGUCUUCAAGCUCAAAUUCAGCCUUGUGUUCUGCCCCAGACUUGUUGCCUCCACCUGAGAUUUUGCCCCCACAGGAUGAUGAUCCGCCUUCCUUAAUUCCCGAAGAUGUACCAACAUCUACAACUUACCGCUGCCAGCAAUGUCCUGAGGCCUUCAGCAGUUCAUCACUUCUUGCUGUCCAUAUGCAAAGCCACAAGAGAAGAUUUGUCAGUCAUCUGUUUUGCAAGUACUGCCAUAAAAAGUUCAUGCACUUGAAACGAUUGCGCAAUCACGAACAAGUGUGUGUGAAAGGUCUACCACAGCUGGAGCCAAAUGGCAAAGAGGCUUCAGGCAGUCUAGACUCAAGUAUCACACCCAUCCUAGAUGAUACAUCUUUCCCAAGUUCUGAUCUUCAGGAUCCUCCAAAACUUGAUAGUACAUUAUCAGGCCCCUUGGAAGCACUUCAAGAAGGCGUUACCAAAUCAAGCAGUCAGCGGGCUUAUAAAUGCAGUGUGUGCAAGCGAGCCUACGUAACACUGUCUAGCUUAAAAAGACAUGAGAAUGUGCAUUCAUGGCAAAGAGCCUAUCCUUGUCACUAUUGCAAUAAAGUUUUUGCUUUGGCAGAAUACCGUACCAAACAUGAGAUCUGGCACACAGGAGAGCGGCGCUAUCAGUGCAUCUUCUGCUUGGAGACCUUCUUGACUUACUACAUCCUCAAAAACCAUCAGAAGUCAUUCCAUGGCAUUGAUCCACGUCUGGCAGUGAAUAAAAAAUCUGCUAAUGGUGGUUUCAAGGGAAGUGUAUACCCCAUAAAGCUCUACAGACUUUUACCAAUGAAGUUCAAGAAGAAAAGGUACAAGAGUUACAGUCAGACUUACUCUGAAGUCAUGGGCAACCACGAGCAUUCUUUCACUGCCCCACUAGAUGCUAAUUCACAAGCUGCUCCACUUAAAGGCACAGCUCCUGUUCGUAACACAGAGGGUGCCACUAGUGGUCAAUCAUUAUUCUCAAUGCCUGUGACCUUUAUGGCAACUCCAAAAAUGGUGGCUUCGGAAAUGCCUCACAUUACCUUUGACCAGCCACGUGACCAACGUGUAGAAACUCCUUUGCCUUCUGAUAAGAAUUUGUCUCACCUCGAAGAGAAAGGCUUUAACCCCACUAAUACCCAUAGUGGACUGACAGGCUUUCAGGCCACUGUGUCACCUGUUUUUGGAGGUGGAUACACCCCGUCUUUGACAGUAGAGGAAAACACAAGGUCCUCUACGAUAAUGCCCAGAAAUGACUCAUCUCCCACGCAAUGCAGUAGUAACACAAGCAGAGAUGUUCUACCAUUCCUCAACAUACCACCUGUGUGCUCAUUUGAGGGACUGAGUAAGCUUAGUGAAUUAUCAGCUGCUGCACAAACUAUUGAAGUAAUGGCUAAUCAACUACUUCAGCCACAGCCAGAGACCCUGACGCAGAACCUUCGCCCUGAUGGAAAGACAGAAACGUACAUUGCCAAGCCUGCUUGUCCUGGUCCAUCAGUGAACAACCAAGUCUUGCCCCUGUGCCAGAUAACUGUCAAAAUUGGCAAUGAGGCCAUUAUUCGUCGCAAGAUUAAAGGCUCAAAGCUGUUUCCAAAGAGGAAAAAGAGAAGAAACUGGAAGCAAGAUAAUGAGAAAGGUAACAUGGCAGAGGAUGGUAUAGGAUUCCCAAACCUGCGCUUACGGACAGAAGUUUCAAGCUCACUCACAGAAGAUGAGCCAUACGAUGACGUGAAUGAUCCUGAAAAUGACAAAUUGUGGCGUCCUUAUUACACAUACAAACCUAAAAAGAAGGGCAAAAGAUUCAGAUCCAAGCGGAAAAGGUUAAAGGCUGCUCAGUACUAUACAAAGCCACUGUCUCCUGAACCAGAUGAUGACUUCAUGGAAAUGGAUUGUGGUCUAGAUGAAAGAGUCGCAGCAGAGGGAUCUGAGUCUAGGAUGGAGCUAAGGAGUCAAAGUCCAAAAGAGAAUUUUACCUGCCGUUGCUGUAGCAGCUCCUUCUCGACUUCAGCCUCCCUCAGCAUGCAUAUCGUCAACUGCCAUCAGCCUUGCUGCAAGAUUUGUGGUAAGCAGUGUCCUCUCGAAGAGCUUCCCAAUGCAGAUGUCCCGUUCACCGAGGAUUUUGCCUGCCAAAGUUGCACCGAGGAUGGCUCAUGCUUUAACUCGACAGUGAUGACUCGUAGCCUGAGUAGUGAAAAACGCUACCGCUGCUCAUACUGCCCACAGCGGUUCCUCUACCUUGCCACCAAAAAGAGCCAUGAAGCAAAACAUCUUGAAAGGUUCAGUACAGAACAUAGCUGUCGGUACUGCCCUAAAGUGUGCAAGUCUGCAAUGCUGCUGGGCAUGCAUGAGAGCAAGCACUUCAAUAAGGUAAAAGAGACAGAAAAUAGUGAGAUAAAGGCAAUUACAAGAUUGCCUGCGUCAGAGAGCAAGGAACAACCGAAAAUUGAACCUUGGGCAAGUCCUAAAAUCUGCUUACCACUCAGCCCUAAAACUGAGGAGGCACUAGAUAUGGAUACUAAGGGAAUUUAUCCCCAAAUCCCUCAACUCCACAAAAAGACAUCCCUUUUGUUGUCCUGUAAAUCAGACAGGACUUUGUCUCCAUUUCAUCCAGAGAUACAGAGAAGAAAAUCUAAGAAGAAAAGCUUUGUGGAAUUUUCUAAAGACUCCACUCUGGGGUUUGAGACUCAAGUGCAAAAGGGCCAUCUGCCUAAAAGUUUAACAAACAACCAUCUCAACACAUCCAAUCUCUAUACAACACGUCUGACAAGAAUGCCUGCUAUUAAGGGAGCUUCCCUGCAGUCAUCCAAGUCAGAGUGGCAUUUGUGUAAAGAAGAACCUGUUUUUUACACCCACAACUGAUUCUGAAGGAAGAAGAUGCAGAAAAUGAGAUUACACAGUAAACAUUAAUGAGUGAAGUAUGAAGAUGCACAUUUGAACCUGUGUGACAGAAAUGAAAGUUGUUAUAGUCACUUUACAAUGGUGUAAAUAUAAAGUAUUUUUAUUUGUUUUCUGCAAAAUACUGUUGGUAGUUUUUUAUGUUUUUUCUAUGAGAGGAGAAAAUUAUUUUUGUAUGUUUUCAUUUGCCUCCCUGGAUCAAGUGGAUGUGUCAUUGCUUAUCAGAUGCUUAACAGAAGCAGGACUUAAUCACAUUUUAAAGACUCAAUUUAAAUGUUCUCCAUCAUAUUCAUAUUAUUUGUUAGAUGCACUUGAGGAUGAUUGAUUAAUUUUUCAUUCAUUUUGAACUACUCUUUUAGGUGAAUUGGGCAAAUUGUUUGACAAGCAUGGAAAUACUAGAAGGUAGGUGUCACUGUAACUGCCGUAACUUGCAAAUCGAAUAAAGGUAGUGUUUGAUUUAUAGUUAGUGUUUGAUUUAAUUAAAAAAAGGUAGUUCAAAAGGAAUUGAAGCACUAAAGUGAGUCAUUAUUGUGAAUCAAAUGAGUUGACUAUAGCAAUGUUCAAUUCAAUUCUGUAACGGUUGACUUUACAGUGACUGAUACAGUAAGUUAACCCAGAUGUCUAUGAUGCCCUCUAGUGGCUGGUUGUAUCAUUUUUAACCCUGCCCUUAUCCAUAUCAGUGAAUGGACCAAGUUACUUGUCCAGUCAGUUAUUUGGGCAGUUGUGUUCUGUAAGCUUUCCUUUCAUGUUCAUAUUUUUUUCAGUAUUUUUCUUUAUGAUGAAUACAGUUUAAUGAAGUAUUUUACAUACUGAGCGACAACAAGAACUACUGUACUUGCACCGUGGGCAUGCAGACACUUUCCCUUAUCUGGCAGACCUACAUCAUUUGACAAUAUAUGGCAUAGGAUUCCCCAAAAAAAAUUGUUUCCAGUUAUUAACAUAGUAAAAUAUUUUGCGGUUAUGUCAAAGUAUUCCAACUACUCCAAGUUACUUAUGUGGGCUGGGUCAGAAAAAUAAAGAUUCUCAAAAAAUGGGCAACCUGCGCAUGCCCAUUGAGGUUUUGAAUGUUAUAUGAAUGUGAUGGGUCUCCUUUUAUUACAGCUGCUGACCAGGUUAUUACCUAUGUAAUCUGUAAUUUCUUAUUUGGUAACAUGUUUGCAAUUUUUUUUUCUUUGUUCUAUUAUUACACUCAUGUGUGGAGGCUCCAGAAUUCAUGUACUGUACUGUUCCUGAAUCCACUGCUCCAGCAGUACAAACAGAUUUGGAAUAUGACAUGGGUGAAAAUUUUGUAUUCAAGCGUAACCUUAAGAAGUAGUUCCACCUCAUCAGUCCACACAUAUGAAUGUUUGUGUUUGUUAUUUUUUCAUUUUAGAAUUUUUGGCUAUGUUGGUGUUCUUCCUCAUUGCACCUUCUCUAAUGCUCAAUAUGCGUGCUUGUAGAGUUAUUCUUGAGGUGUUAUACAUAAGAGCAUAAGACACACUCUCACUGUGCUGGCAUGCUCAGGUCUGACUUUUCAGCUUGUUUUUGCGUUUUCAUGUGGCUAGAGAUAUUUUUGAAAACUCCUGUGGAAGGAAUUUUUUUUAACCCAGUGGAUAUACCUCUCAUCUCUGCGCAGACUCUGUUAAUGAAAUGAAUCUCUAAGUUACAUCACAUUAAUUAAAACUCAUUUGAUUCCCUUUUAUGUUAAUCUUUGUCAUAAUCACUAGAAAUGUGUCAUAACGCAGUCAAUACGCACAGCUUCUAUGCCACCAACAUAUCUGUAGCAUUUAUUGGUAAAGCUCAAUUCACAAUUCCUACUCUCAUCUGAGCUUGAUUUGGAGAAGGGUAUUAAAAAAGUGUUUAUUUCCAGUUAUUAUCAUUGUAAAAUAUUUAGCCUCUAUGACAACUCUAUCUUUCUCUUCUGAAUAACAGCAAUGUCACCGAUCGCUAUAGGACCAAUGUUCUAAUUGUUCACGUAAAUGCUCCUAUGAAGGAUGCGCAAUAAAUAUUAUUAAUUGCAAUAAA